UUAGUCCUGAACAACAUCGAUGUACCAACAAAUCCAACAUUUGUGUAUGUGUUUGUGUGUGUCUACAAUCGACAACAAAAAAAAUUGAAUCGAUUUUUAUGUUUUGUGCCUCAUACGCAUUCUUUUUAUCGAUAUAUGAAAUGUGUGGUAACUUUAUUGUGAAUUCGUGUCUAUCUAUGUGUUGUAUCCAUCCACACAAUUUAAUGUAAAAAAUGUUUACUGUUUCAAAUUCAGAGGUCAAUCUCAUCCUGUUAUGGAUCGUUAGUAAAAAUGGAUUCUAUUUAAAUUGAUGGGUGUUUUUUCUACAAAUAAAUUCCGAAAUACUCAAUUUUUGCUUAUUUUUUUGAUCAGCGACCAGAAUAGUUUUUCCUUUAUUUAAUCUGAUGAUCGCAUGUAUCUUCACUCAUUAUCAUUACAUAUCAUGCGAUCAUAAGUGUCUUCAUUUCAUUAUUGAUCUUCAUAUGCAUCUUUUUUAAGGCGUCAUGAUUGAAUCUAGAAUAUCAUUCAUAUAUGGACGAAACAAUAAUUUCACUUCAACCGUUGAACAUGAAUUUUCCAUAUAAUCAUCGUACAUUACGAUUCAUAAAAAUUGAAACAUCACAAGUUCUACCAGAUUGAUUAGAUUUGAUGAUUCGAAAAGUUUCCCAUUUUACAUCUUUAUUUUUACUAUUCUUAAUGAUGAAUGCUCAACAAUAAUCAUCUUAAUGUUGUGAAAAUUCUACGAUAACGACAAGCAAAUAGACAUCAUAAUCAUUUAAACGACGGCCAUACAACAGCCAAAAAGAAUUUGUUAGCUCAAUUCAAGCGCUCAAGAAACAAGGAUCCUUAUUAAGGCUCAUUAUUAUUAUUGUUAACAUAUGACCAAAUGAUCGAUUCGCCCACUACCGCCAAUACCAGUAUCAUCAUUUUCAUAAUCAUCAACAUUCAUUGAUGAUCUGGUUUCUUUUAUCGUUGCUAUUUUAUGAUUACUAUGCAGUUGACAUCUUCAAGGGCAACUUCAUUGAUUCAAAUACAAACGAAUAUGUCGUCAAAACAACGAUUACAUUCACAAUGUGAAUCUCCUUCUAAGCAUGUAUCUCUUUUCAAGAAUCCAUCAUUAUUAUCAUCUUAUUUUGCAUUUAUUACAACGAAUUCAAAUUCAUUAUCAUCAUCAGAUGCAAAACUAGCAACGAAAAGCUGUCAUUUACAUUAUGAAAAUCAGAAUCUAAAAUGGCGACAUCAACAAGAAUCGUUGCCAUCUUUAAUAAUUUUCAUCAUUGCCAUUAUAAUGAUGUUUUUGUUGCCUACAUUUGUGAUCUGUGGUUCUCAUGAACGUCGAUUGUUAAAUGAUUUACUCAGCAAUUAUAAUGUACUUGAACGUCCCGUUGCCAAUGAAUCAGAAAUAUUAGACGUUUAUUUUAGCCUCACAUUGCAGCAGAUAAUCGAUGUAGAUGAAAAGAAUCAAAACAUAAUCACCAACAUGUGGCUUAGAUUGGAAUGGAACGAUUCAAAUCUUCGAUGGUCCCCCAAUGACUAUGGUGGCAUCACUGAUCUUCGAAUUUCACCCGAUAAAGUAUGGCGUCCGGAUAUAUUGCUCUACAAUAGUGCCGAUGAAAAAUUUGAUGGAACCUAUCAUUCGAAUGUGGUGGUCAAUCAUAAUGGCAGUUGUCUCUACAUACCGCCUGGUAUUUUUAAAAGUACUUGCAAAAUUGACAUCACCUGGUUCCCUUUCGACGAUCAAUUUUGUGAUAUUAAAUUCGGAUCGUGGACUUACUAUGGAUCAGCAAUGGAUUUACGAUUCCUAAAUGAUAGCAGCAAUGGUGAUAUCUCGCCGUACAUUCCCAAUGGUGAAUGGGUUUUGCUCGGAGUACCCGGUCUUCGUAACGUUCAAAGCUAUGAAUGUUGUCCUGAACAAUAUAUCGACAUUACCUAUACGAUUGGAAUCCGUCGACGUACCCUAUAUUAUGGCUUCAAUCUAAUAGUGCCUAGUGUCAUUAUUUCAUCGAUGACAUUGCUCAGUUUUACUUUACCGCCAGAUUCUGGAGAGAAAUUAACAUUAGGCGUCACCAUAUUGCUCUCCAUGAUUGUGUUCAUGAUGCAGUUGGCCGAAAUUAUGCCUGCUACAUCGGAUUCUGUUUCUAUUAUUGGAUCUUAUUUUGCUUGCAUUAUGGUCAUGGUGGCUUUCUCUGUUGUUAUGACUGUGGUUGUGCUCAACUUUCAUCAUCGGACCACCGAACAACAACAGGAGAUGCCUACUUGGAUACGAAAAGUAAUUAUUACUUGGCUACCAAUAAUAUUAAGAAUAAAAAGGCCACCCGAAUUGCUACGUACUGAACAGCAUAGGCAGCAACAUCAAUCAACCAAUAACUUUCAUACUCAGCAUCAAGCCUAUUGUGCAACGAAUAAUCCAUACCAAAAUCAGAAUCAUGUGCCAUCAGACACUUGGAACACUCCAGGUGUUGCUAUUAAUAACUUACGUUCUAGCGCUACCGCAGCAUCAUCUUUGACAACCAAUCAUUUCAACACACCAUCAUCACCGACGCAUUUGGAACUGAUGCGUUUGACUGAAAAGAUGAAAGAAUAUGAAUCAUUAUGCCAUAAACGUGGUUGUGCCCAUAGAUCUCAACAGCAGAAUCUUGAUCGAGCCAAUCGACAAUCGAAUGGUUGUGGAACAAUGAGUGGAAUUUGUCCAUAUGCUUAUUCUACAUAUCCGCCGCCCCCUGGUCAUAUGAGUCAUCAUCAUCCAUCGCCAUCAACAAUGAAUGAACAAUUUCUUGGACAACAACAGCAACGUCGCCAGUGUAGCGGAUUGUUAGCCUCGGAUGAAGCAAUCCAUCAUUUUGAUCAGCAAAGUCAGCAACAAAAUUAUUUUCAUCUUCAGCACAAUGAUGCUGCUGUCAGUUCUGUUUAUAUUCAACAAAAUCCUUGUUGUUGUUGUACUUGUACCGGAACUGGAUCACAUCAAACAAUCGAUUAUUUUAAUUCAAUAAUGCAAGAGCUUCGUUUCAUGACCAAUCGCUAUAGACGUGAAGAUGAUUUGGCUGAUAUAAUAAGUGAAUGGAAAUAUGCCGCCAUUGUUAUUGAUCGCCUUUGUUUGAUUGUAUUCAGCACGUUUGCCGUAAUGUCAUUAGUUAUGUGUUUAGCAUCAGCUCCACAUUUGUUGGCUUAAACUUUUUUUCAUUUUUACUUUUAUCAUUGAUAUAAUCUGUUCAUUUUACUAUUGCUGUAAUCAUCAUUAUUGUAUUGUUUUUGAUGUAAAACAAAGACUGAUCAAACCCAAAUACUCCAAUACAAAAAAAGUCAAUAUUAUUGUUUCUUGAAGUUUUGUAUAUCACUUUUUCGACAAAUAUUGGAAUAGCAAAUCCCUGUUGACCGAUCAAAAAUUUCCUAAUUAUCAGAAUGGUAAAUUUUUUUGUUAGAAUUAUAUUUCACCAUUUCUUAAGACAAUUCCAUUAUUAUCAUUUCAAUCAUUACCAUAUUUUUUUGCAUUUUCUCAUUUAAAUGCUAUACCUGUUAAUUUAGUAAUUUAAAAGUCUAUGACACAAAUUUUGAUUCAGUUAUUGCGAUUUUAUUUUUAUCAAUCUACUUUUUUAGUUCAUAAUAUAAAUUAUAUCUUAAUCAUUCACGACAAUAUAUAUUCUGUUUAAAUAUAGAAUUUAACUUGUAUUGAUACACGUUUUUGCAUUUUUGCGUUGCCUAUGUUUUUUGUUUAAAUUUUUUUUUAGAUCUUGAUGCUUGCCGUUGUUUGUUUGUUUGUUGUUGUUGUUGUUGUUAUUGUCAACUGCUACUGCUCCAUGAAUCCCAACUUCCAUUUCAUUGUUAUCCAUUUCCUUUUGCUCAUUAUUUUUCUAUACCUAUAUAUAUGUCUAUUAAUAUGAUUGUAAUAUAUAUUUUGUUUUUUUUCGGUUUCGUUCGCUUUACCAAUGAUGAGUUGAGCGAUAAAAAAAAUGGAACAAAUAAAAUAAAA